ACCACCAUGCAGGAAGACUUCGACCAGGUCGACUACGAGAACGACGAAGACGAACAUCAAGCAACGUCGACAUCCCAGGAGGAUGAUCAAGGCGCGUCUGUCAGUGAGGAAACGGGUGGCGCAGGGGACGACGACCGUGAAGAUGCCGUCUCGCUUGGGGACGACGAGGAAGCCAUGCCUCGCGAUGAUCCCUCACACGCUCUUACCGCUGAACGAGCCCCUUUAGCACCUCUUGCCCUCCACAUCGAUGUCCAUGUCAGCGAUGCAGGUCGCCACUCGUCCACCGACUCCCCUCAUUCACUUCGGCACCCACUUCCUUCCAAACCCGACUUUAUACAGGAUACACCCGAAGUCACGAACGGUGCUAGUGCUGAUACAUCUAUUGGUCGCGGCCGGAAGCCCUCACGCUUCGGACCCCCUAGGCAUCGAGACGGAUCGCAGUUCUCACACCAUGUAGUGCAUGGACGAGCUGAUCAGGAUUUUAGCGACGCCGAAGAGCGUCAUUCUGAUGAUGCCCAGACGGGAAACCGACUUCGAGACGACACGACUUCCCCAGACGCGUCUCCAGACAGACUUUCUUGGGAUGAUAGACAUUGGCGUCCAGAGCAGAUGCCUGGCCGUAGCUCUUCCGUACCCCCUCGGGCGGAUGAUGAUUCCUUCUCUGACCUGCGAACUGCAGCCCGCGACUCUCGAGCUUUUGGACAUGCCUCUAACGGCCAAUCUUCGAACCAUGCUGUUCGGUAUAAGCGCGCUCAAAGCGUCGCUCCUCUUGAUUUCCGAGGAUCUGCUUCCCUAAACAAAUCUGAUGAUGAAAUGAUACGGGGUCAAACGAACAGCCUACAUACUUCGCAGCCAGAGCGAUUCCGGAGGCACUCUGCAUCAGACUCGAAUGCUCCUCCUCGAGCUCGAAAUAUAUCUUCUCAGCAGGUCUCAUCAUCACAAGCUGAGAUGAUCCUGUUCGGCCCGAGAGGACCACCGCUUCCGCCUCAGGAAGAUCAGUUCCUGAAGGUCGCGAGUUCGAGUACGCGACAACGAGCUCUGUCUUCAUCCGCCUCCCAACACUCUCGAUCUUCAAGUACUCUCCAUGGCUCGCGCGCCGUUCCUCCUUCACACGCCCGCCACGUGUCCGCCAACGGACCCCCUCGUUCUCGAAACGCAUCUGCUAAUGCUGUCAUGACACGAGACACUACGAAUGUUGGGGCCGCAGCUGGCAGUGAUCCCUCGUUUGCACCCUGGUCCCACAACGGCUUCGAACAGACGUUCGUUCCGUUUUCCACAGAGCAUAAUGGUCACUUCCCUCGCGAGCGUCCUCGCCUAGCCUCCAGUCAUACCUACCCUACCACGAAUUAUCUCGCCCCCGAUCAGCAACCGUCAGAUCAACCUCCGCGGCGUGUAAGCGACUGUUACCGGCCUGGGGAGCCAUACAACGACAACUUGCCCCAACACCAGGAACGUGGACGACAGCCCCAUGCGCCUACCGAGUUGUUCAACAACGGAUCCGGUGAUGCUCAGGCCGGCUCCCUCCAGCCGUAUACCGGUAAUCGAAACCAGCGCAACCAUUAUGUUCCACAGGAUUCUACCCCACAUUUCCCUACCAGCAACAACGCCGUGGCGGAUAACCUAGCGAGCCUGGGUCGCCCACGUCGUCAAUCGUCUCUAGCGUUUCAAGUCGUCUGGACGCCAGAGGACACGCACACCCCUGGCCAAGACGCGCAGUACCCACAAGGCGCUCACGGCGGGAUGAUACGCCGUCCAUCUAAUGGGUCCCCGUCGACAACUAGGCAUAAUUCCCGCUCCAUACCUCCUCGAGCAGCGGUCCCGAACACGAUGCAACCUGGUACGAGCUUCCUUCUUACCCAGGACUCCAACGGCCAAUGGAUCGCCAAUCCCCUUCCGCCACCACCCGACGGGUUCACGAACACGGGCAAUACCGCAAACGGUUUUACACCCCAAAACGCCGACGCCGAAAAUGGCGGGGGUUGGGCCGAUGACGAGUACGAGGAUGUGGGACCGCCACAAAGGUCGUCAUAUCGUGGUCGUGGACGCGGUCGGGGACGAGGGCGCGGCGGUUUCAGACCGCAGCGUCAGUAUCCUCACAAUGGCGACACGCAGUACGAAGGACGUCCUCCUCGUCAGCAUCAACCGGACACCUUCCAUCAGCCGCCGCCAGCACUUUCCCAAACCUCAUUUCCUCCAGCAUCAAUCUUUCACUCGCCACCUGCACCGUUCAAGAAGCCGCGGAUCCAUCACCAGCAAUCACAGCAAGUGUGGGACGCUCAGCCCUCGUUCCAACAACCGAUUCAUGAUGGAUAUGUGCCGCCUGCCCAAGCUCCCGUCCAGUUCGUUCAAGGACCUCCUUCGAUGAUGACUAUGCCGACCCCUACUCCAUAUGUGAAUCAGGCGACACAUGGUUCAUUCGCUCAGGCUCCGGAAUACACUGCGCAGCCAAUGCACAACCCCAGCUCAAACACGAACGGUUUGCGUCGUCCCAGACGCCCUCCUCACAACAAUGGAAUGACGUGGUCCAACGGUCAAGGUCAGGGUCACUUCACCAUGAAUAUGGAAGACAACGGAGAUUACUAUGAGGAGGAUGAUAGCAUGCAGAUGCCGCCCAUGAAGCGGAGGCGAUUCCAAGCGCCGGUGGUAGAGGAUUUGGAUACGCCUUUGCUGGACAGGAUCGGAGGGCCGUCCUUGAGGCAGAGAGUAGGCGUGUCCUCGUCAGUCUCAGGCUCCCGGCCGCAGCGCGGAGGCCAUGCACAUGGGCGAGAGAACCGCGGUUAUGACGGAAGAGAUGAGUGGGGAGGUACUUCGGGAGGUGGUGGAAUGAUGAUGCAGGGUGACGGCCAGUACGACUCUGGGGAGAAUCGGUGGGAUGGGAACGGUGAUGGGUUCAGCAGAGGAUACGGCGACGGGAAUUCCAGGGGGAGGGGAUAUGGACGGGGAGGUGGACGAGGUAGGGGCAGGGGUCAGCGUCCUUAUAUCAAGAAGGAGUGGGAUUAGGGGAUGUAUCAAGAAGAAGAAGGAAAAGAAGUCUAGUGUUCUGUACGUUGCUGUUUUGAUUUUCUCCAUGGAUUCUAGUCGUCAUUGCUGUCUCGUUUUAUGCUUUUGGUUAUCUGCUUUCUCAUCCCGUUCACUUGCUUGUGCCACCUUUUUGUUUGGUGUCAUAUGUAUGCCUGCCUUUGCCCAUCCGUUAUCCGAGAUCCUCGCCGACUCAUCUCUUCCUCUUGAUCCUCCAUUUUCCUGACAUGCUCCCCGCUCAAAGGCAUAAUCACACACUACGUUACGAUAUCAUCAUGACCCCCAUCUCGUCUGCUACAUCUUUUACUUGUUUUGUACGAUACACGUUUCAUCCACAUCUCUUUGUCCGGUUCACUUGUACAUGGCUAGCGUGGUUCGUUUUUCUCUGGUCUGAACUUUGCUCACUCUGAUGAUUCCUUGACAUCGUCGAUGUCGACGUCGUACGAAUUGGACAGUGUUGUUAUGCUGUGACUUCCCGACUAUCCAUUUUCUUGGUUUUCUCACUUCUGCCUGUCUCUUGCCAGUUGAAUAUUUUUUCUUGUCACGAUGGGGUGCUAGAUGUACCGUUGUGAAUGCAAAUCAC